UGGAUGGACCAGGGAAGCGAGGCGGAAGUUGAGUUGUUCCCUCGAUUUUUCUAUGGAAAAGGUUGUUCACUCGAUUCGAUUGGACGAGACAAGCACAUUGGUGAGACAAAUCGGAGGGCGCUGGUUUCAUUCGUGGUGUGGGCACCCACCGCUCGUGUAGAGAGGUAGAGUGACUUGUGAACUUGUGAUUGUGAAUAAAUAAACAAAUCCGAUUAGUACUAGUAGUAAAUUAAAUUAAUAACCCGUGUCCACUAAUAAUGGCGAUGGUCUACGGCACCACGAGCUACGGUGGUGGUAUCAUCCUCUCCUCUCCCGCUACCAUCCAGUCAUCCCCCACAGCAGCAGCAGCAGCCGCAGCCGCCGCCUCCGCCAGGGCCAGGGCCAGGGUCAGGGUCAGGGUCCCGGUCGGCCUUCUUCCCGGCCGCCGCGCCAAGCCCCUUCCGCUUCGCUGCGCACCCUCAGGAAUGGAGCCCAGCGCUGGCACUGCCAUCUACCCUCUGCACCGCUGCAAAACCAUACACCUGGUGAGGCAUGCCCAGGGUGUCCACAAUGUCGAAGGCGACAAAGAUCACAGUGCCUACAUGAAACCAGAGUUCUUUGAUGCUCGCAUCACUCCUUUGGGCUGGAACCAAGUCGACUGCCUACGAGAGCAUGUGAAAAAAAGUGGACUUGCAGAAAAGAUUGAGCUUGUUAUUUGUUCCCCUUUGCUGAGGACUAUGCAGACUGCAGUGGGUGUUUUUGGUGGUGAGAGUUAUACUAAUGGAAUAAGUGCACCUCCACUAAUGGUGGAAAAUGCUGCGGACAGUGGACGUCCAGCAAUCUCUAAUUUGAACUGCGCACCAUUUCUUGCUGUCGAGGCCUGCAGGGAGCGCUUGGGUGUCCAUCUUUGUGAUAAGAGGAGGAGCAUAACAGAGUAUCGUACUCUGUUUCCUGCCAUUGACUUUUCACUGAUAGAGAAUGAUGAAGAUGUUCUUUGGGUACCGGAUGUCAGAGAAAGCCUCGAGUCCCUUGGGGAGAGGGGUAUGAAGUUUUUCGACUGGUUAUGGACAAGAGAAGAGAAAGAGAUAGCCAUUGUCACUCAUAGUGGUUUAUUGUGGCAUACCUUACGUAGGUACAGCAAAGAGUGCCAUCCUACUGUAAGGCAUGAAGGGAGCAAGUACUUUGCAAAUUGUGAGCUCCGGUCGUUGGUGCUGGUUGAUAGGAGCAUGCUUGGAUCAGAUUCCCCCGGUUACAACUACCCUGGCAAGAUCCCAGAUGGAGUUGAUCUGCCCAGCGAUGUCGCUGAUAAGAAGCACCUUGAGGAGGAAGUUCAAGAGAGAACUGAUUCAGUCUGAGGCUCGUUUUGUGUUUUACCACUGAUUCCUUGAUUCUUCUGUGAACCCAUUUUGACACCUCCCUAGUUGCAUCCCGUCGAAGCUAAACAGUUGCAUAUUGAACUGACUAUUGUUAUUACGUCUGUUUCCUAUGAAGUUCACGGAAAUGAAAUGUUCUUUUCACUUCUGGUGAUAAGAUUUUUUUUAUA